AUGGUCAGUCCAACGUGGGAAACAUUAAAGGAUUUCUGUCCUCCAAAACCAAAAUACCUACCACAAGACUAUCCAGAUUUAACAGGCAAGGUUGCUUUAGUUACAGGCUCAAACACUGGAGUUGGAUAUGAAAGUGCAAAAGCAUUGUUGAAACAAAAUGCUACUGUUUUAUUUGUGAAUAGAAAUAUGGAAAAAACAAAAGGUGCCAUUGAACGUAUCAAAAAGGAAUUGGCUAAUGUGGAAAGUUUAGAUGAAAAAAUUCAUUUAAUUAACGCAGAUUUAGGUGAUUUAUCAAGUAUCAAACCAGCUGUUGAUCAAAUUAUCAAGUCCAAAAUUGAUAAAAUUCACUACACCAUCCUGAAUGCAGGUGUUAUGUCUCCACCUAAUGGCUCUAAAACAAAGCAAGGUUAUGAAUUGCAAAUUGGUACAAAUGUUCUUGGUCAUCAUUUAUUACAAGAACUGUUAACACCAUUAGUCUUGAAUGCAGUUACACCAGACUUCAAUCCAAGGGUCGUUUGGCUAACGUCUUCUGCCCAUUUAUACUCUUAUCCAAAAGGUGGUAUUAAUUGGGAUAGUUUCCAUGAUGCUAGUAAUUCAGGUUCAAUGAUGUCUUAUGGACAAUCUAAAACAGGUAACAUUUAUCAAGCUUAUAUCUAUGGAAAAUUACACAAGGAUGAUGGUAUUAUAAGUGUCGCUGUUCAUCCUGGCUAUUUAAAUUCUGAAUUACAAAGGUCAUAUGGCUCACUGCAACAAUAUAUUUUGAAGAAAUUUCUCUACCCAGCAGUUUAUGGAUCCUAUACUGAAUUAUAUGGAGCUCUAAGCUCAGAUGUUACGUUAGAAAAUAAUGGAAGAUAUAUUGGUCCUUGGGGUGAAUUCAGAGAGCUCAGGGAUGAUAUUCAAAAAGGUUUAAGUGAUGGAACUGCUCAGAAGUUUUGGGAUUGGGCAUCAAAAGAGGUUGAGCCAUACCUGUGAAGAGUUUGCCAAAUCCGAAUUGAUAGUACGAUAAAAUCUUCAGAUUGAUUUGAGUACGUAUUAUGUUGAAAUUAUGAUGACGUCUUAGUUAGGAAAUUACCCAAUUAUAUACACAUAUAUGAUAAUAUGAUGCCGGAAGUUUAAACUACAAAGUCAUUUAGGCUCAGUACUAACUUUCAAAGUU